AAACAAUCCUGGCCGCUUAUUGUGUUCAGGCAUUUUUUGAGGCUACCUGCGUUACGUCACGCUCUUUAAGGACCCCAGGAUGUCCAUGCUUGCAGAGCCCCGGAGGAAACAGAAGUGGUCUAUUGACCCCAGGAACAGUGCCUGGAGCAAUGAUGACUCCAAAUUUGGCCAGAAGAUGCUGGAAAGAAUGGGCUGGUCAAAGGGAAAGGGCCUGGGCCGGAGUGAGCAGGGCUCCACCGAUCACAUUAAAGUUAAAGUGAAAAACGAUAAUUAUGGCCUUGGAGCAAAUGCCAGCUAUGAGGACAAUUGGAUCGCACACCAAGAUGAUUUCAAUGACCUUCUUGCUCAACUCAAUAACCACCAUGGCCAAAACAGCAACGAGCCUCCAGAAGAUGAACUGAAAGGUUUUAGCCUGGAAGAAAAGUCCAAGUCCUCCAGAAAAAGGGUCCAUUACAUGAAGUUCACAAAAGGGAAGGACCUGUCCUCGCGCAGUGAAUCAGAUCUUAACUGUAUCUUUGGAAAGAGAGCUAAAUCUGUUAAAGACCGGGAGCAGGAGAGCAGCAGCAGUGAUUCUCAAGGUGAGACGGAGGUGAGCGCGUCUGCUGGUGCUGAACUGGACGCGGAGUCCAUCACCAAGACUGUGACCAGUACUCUCUCCGUGAAGGAGUAUUUCGCGCAGCGAAUGGCUCAGUUGAAGAAGGCUCGAGGUCAGGUCGAGGACUCUGGUCCCAUCCACAGCUGCAACGGUGACACAGAGGAGCCCAGAAAGAAGAAGAAAAAGAAGAAGAGAAGCAAAAAGGCUGAGGAUGAAGUGGAUGCAGAGGAGAGCUGUUCUAAUCUCACUGUGGUGGAAGGUGAAGACAUCCAGGAGAUGGAGGGUCCAAGGAAAAAGAAGAGGAGGAAAACGAUAGAAAGUGAGACUAGUGAGAACUGUGGCUUUAACCCAGAUGUGGCUGUGGAGCAGAGCUGCGAGGAGCAGCCUCCUCCCAAAAAGAAAAAGAAUAAAAAACACUGUAAGGACACUGAGCUGCUAAAUGGACACGAAGCUGCUGAUGAUCAACCUCUCAAUGUAUUAAAAGACGGGAAGGAAAAGAAGAAGAAACGCAGAGAGGAGGUGGACAGUGUCGUAGAAGAGCAGCAGGUGCAGAACAAGUCCAGAAAGAAGAAAAGCAAACUUUGAGAAUGAAUUGAAGUUUAGGUUUAGGUCUGUACUCUGCUUUGAUGAGAAGGUUGACGACCAGCUCUGAAGAAACCCUGAGAUGCUCGGUCCUCUCAUUAAACUGAGCAGGAACAUACCAUGUAGAUUGGCCCAGAACGUUGUGCUGUUAAACACAUACGAAUCUAUUUUUGACACUCUACAAUGAAAGGAAACUGGCAUCAGAGGUCCACAAACCAUUUAAGCAGAGAUCAAAUUAUAGGAUUCUAAUGAAUUAAUGGUGUACGAUCGUAUCAGACUACCGGUUAGUUGUAAACCAUCUGUUAAAUUAUUUGUGCAAAUACUGUCAUAUAUUAUUCUCUCCAAUGCUGUUUAUACAAGAUUCUUCCUGUCAGCUAUUAAAUUUGUUUUUUAACCACUUUUGUCCAGUUGUAGAUGUCUGCCUGUAAAAUUAAACUCUUCACAUUGUUGCCCAAAGACAGAUAAGUAUAGGCCAUUUAAUGUGGCUGUAUAUGAACUGAUGUUCACCUUCUCACAAACAGGAAAAAUGGAAAACCUUUGUGCCAAACGGGACCUUUCUCCAGUUAAUAAACUUGAAUUGUCA